AUGCCCAACAUCGAGUAUAUUAUCACCGCCGAAUUCCACGUGGACAAGGGCCCAUCUGUCGUUCACCAGUACCCAGAAACUCUCCCCGGGUACGAGUUUCUCCCGUUUUUCCCCGAGCUCAUGCUCCCAGACCAAAUACACCGUCGAGAAGAAGACUUUACCCUAUUUUUGCUAUUCAGGAACAAGGCUACAGGCCAUUUCCAUUAUAAGAAAGAUGCCAAUUGCACUAACGAUAUUUAUUACAUGUACACGGUGGUGAAGAACGUGAGCGAUGAGAGCGUGAGGAGAGGGCUGGUGAUCAAGGCCCUAUGUGUUAUUACGAAACUUUCCUAUUUCAAACAUUUCAGGCCGCUCCUUUUAAUUUGCUUGGACAAGUAUUUUUCCGCCAACGAUGAGAGCCUCCUAGCGCAAUUGUAUGCUGCGAUCAAUGCCAACGACUUUACCGUCAACAGUGUGGAGCAGCCGCUUCUCAAGAGACUACUAAUAAGCUCGGUGCUAGACUUACCGCUUAGUGAAAAGAUCUACAACGACGAGCAGUUUCGCCAUCGUCUUUUAGGAAUCAAACUGCCCAACCGAGAUAUAUUUAUUCGCAAAGAUCUCUCGUACAACUCGAUUGUUACUUUUGCAGACAUGAAGAUCCCAGUAAAGGUGCCGAUGUUGCAGCUUCCAGACACCGUGGGGGACUACAUGAACCCUACGGACUUGAACUUGAAGCCCAACUUGAUCAACUUGUUGAGUGCACGCUUGGCGACAAAUCAUCACAACAACGAGUUGACCAUAUAUGGUCUUUCCACGCCGCCCAUCAUUGUGCUCAUCAACGCUGUCUUGACAGGUAAGAGAAUAAUAUUUUUGAGCUACGAGAAUUCCGCUGGCCACAUUAUCGACUUGAUUUUGUUAACUCUAAAGAUCGUCUCUGGAGGAGGGAUCCUUACGGGCCUUCUAGAAAACUACAAUGUGUUUCCCAUGAUCGAUGUGUCCAAGAUCGAUCUCUUGAGUGAGUGUGACUCGUAUUUGGCGGGCACCAUCAACCCGUUCUUUAAGGCACACGAGGCGAUUUGGGACGUUCUUUACGAUAUAGACGCUAAUGAGUUCCGCUUGGCCAGCCUGCUCGACGAGCCCGAGGUGUCCAAAAACUCCAUCAUCGGCGAAGACGCUCGUUUCUUGUCCAACUUGCAAUUUUCUCUAUUCACUUACAAUGACGACCUUACGACUCUACAACUCAUCUUCAGAAGGCACAUCAAUGAGCUUAUACGAAUACUUGUGUCACUGCGCAACUAUAAUGAUCCAGCCAACAAACAAUGCAGUUUGCUAAUGGACGGUGUCGGCUACUACUGGCAUAGCGAUACCAGCAAGCUCAUGGAGAUGUCUUGCUACCAAUUAAUAUCCUCGAGGUUUCAGGACCUCAUGUACUCGGGCAAGUUUGCUUACAGCUUGCUUUUACCAAACCUUUCCAAUGAGCUCAACCUAAUGAUCGACCUACAGCACCACUUGCAAAAGCUAUACAAUGCUUCUAACAUGUCUAGUCGUGCCAAAGUGCAUGAAAGAGAAAUCUGGUUCAAUAUCUUGAAGUAUCUCAUCAGCGGCAGGUCGCUAGAGACGUUUCUUCUUGUCACAUACCUCAUCCCACCAAAUUCCUCAACGAGCUUACAAAGCUCAGGGGCUCACGGGGGUAACAUGACCAUCUUUGAUAAGAAUAAAGGAAUUGAGCUUUUGCUUAUGAACUUGUUCAAUGAAGAUGACCAGGUCAAGCUGAACGUGGUAAUGAUCCUUCAGGAACUCGAAGACAACUUCUUCUGCGGGUGGUGCCUUAAUAAUUUUAUGAAGUCUAAUUACGUCUACGAAGUCGCCUUCAGCGAACUCGUCGAUACCCAAUAA